UCCCUCCCGUUUGCAUGCCAAAUUAGAAUUUUCUUAUUAUGUGAUGUACAAGGUCCCGAUCUAAAUACUUCAUAUAAAUAUGUCUAUAGUUACCUCCAAAAAAAUCAACAAAAUUCCAAAACCCAUCUCAAGUUUUUUAUUUUGACUUUUAUGUAUCUUCUCUGUCUUCUCCUUGCUUUCUCAUACCUUAAACUCUCCGUCAGAACAAUCUUUCUGAUACCCGAUAAGCUUAAGAUUAACGAGAAUCAACAACCAUGAGCUUAUGAAAACUAGACCAAAAUGACCAUGGACCGAACUUCACCCCCCGAAACCCCAAAUAGAGACCCAAAAUCUGUUAUAGUCCUUUCUAUCGACUGUCUUAAAGGUAGUUCCAAAGCCGAUGAAUGGACCGGAGACAUGCUCCAAACCGGCGACAUAGUUGAAGAAAUCAGGAUCGGCUCCGCUUCUUCUUCAGGAUCAAGAUCGUCUCAGUCGUUUAAAGCUCCGUUUAAAAAUGGAAAGAGUGGGGUCCAGAAGAUUCUUCAUGGCUCGUUUAAGAAUAAAGAGACUUCGAUUCUCGUCCGAAUCAGGCGAGGCCGAGACGAGUUCGCUGAGUUGCAAGCUUGUAUCGUUCCUGAAUCGGGGUCUAAAAGGCAAUACAUUUUGAGGUCUAUUGCGGAUCCGAAUUAUACUGUUGGAUUCUCUGAUCGGUCCGAGGCGGAUUGCUUCGAGUUGCAAGCUUCAAGAAGCUCCAGAAUAGUCACUGCAUUAUCCAGUGCUACGCUUCAAGAUGGAUAUGUCUCGUAUCCAUGGACGAGGAGGAUGCAGGAGGUUCUGCCUGUUACUAAUUCAAGCUGCUUUCUUUCUAUACUUCUCCUUCCUAAAGUCUCUGAUCGAGUUGCUUCUCGGUAUAAUGACUUGGAUGACACUCUUGCCAGGGCAAAUACCUGGCUGUAUGCGUCUCAGGCUUCUGGGGUCCCGAUUGUUUUCAUGAAUAUUCAGACGGAGUCUCUGCUUACAAAGAUAUCUGGAGAGACAGCCUCUUCUACGGUGAAUGCCGGGUCAUUAUCUGAUUUGUCUAAUCUAGCACAUGCAAGCUUGUAUGGCUUCGAGGAUUACCAUGGAGUUGACAUUGGCGUUGUUAGAGCAGUCCGUCUUUGGUAUGCACCUCUGUGUGGAGAGUUUGCAAUAGAGAUGAAAAUAAAAGAGGAUGAUUCAAAGCUAGGGUUUGCCAUUAGUCGCACAGAAGAGGGGUUUAUCUAUAUUUCAUCAGUCAUUGAAGGUAAUGAAAAUACACCCUCAACAAGGUCAGGUCUCAACAAUCUAUACAGAGAGGCAACAAAUAAAUCAAGACUGCUAGUUGUCUCAAGAGUAUCAAACCAGAGGGUCCUUCCUUGGAUGGUAUCUUCAACAGGAGCAGUAAGAUGCUUCGACACGGUUUCCCUCAGCCAAAAACUGUCGCUGCAUCGGCAUGCCAAGGUGCCUAUCCUCAUUCAUGUCUUCUUAUGGGACCGAUCAUUGGCUUCAAUUAGUACAGCCAAUGCUAGGCUUAGGUCUGUCUCCCCUCCUGUCAUGUCAUUUCCACCUGAAAUUCAAUUGGCACACCCUCCCAACGAGAAUCAAAUAAUGCCUCUGCCACCUGAAGUUCCAAAUGAGGAAGAAGUGAUUAGGGAUCAGCCAGAGAUUAGACUUGAGCGAGACACAGCCGGAGAAGCCUCCUUCAGAUUCCAUGAUUUUUCACUUCCGAACAACUGGGUUUGACUAUUCUUUCAAUUUUUCUCCUUGUCAGUUGAUCUUUGUAUAGGUUACCACGGAAGUUUAUAGUUGAUUCAUUCAGAUAGCUUAAAUCAGAAAAUUAGGAAUAAGAUCCUAGAAUUAUUCAUACCCUUCUUACGUGGGGUUUGUGUAUAUGCCAAACGAAUGUCUACUUGUGCCUAUUACCUGUUAUAAAUACUUGAAUGGGUUGGCAAUUUCAAUUUUGUUAAUUCAAUAAUUUUGAA